AUGGGUCCAUUAAAAACUGAGACGGGUCGGGUAGCGGAUGGUGAUGGGGAGAUGAGUGAUAUUUUUGGUAAAUAUUUUAUAUCUGUGUUUGCUGGGGAGGAACUUGACAAUGUGCCUUCGGCCGAGCAAGUCUGUGUGGGUGGGGGCGGGGACGGGUUGACUAGUUUGGCGGUUGCCAGGGAGGAUGUGAUUGGACAGGUAGUGGUGCUCAAACCAAGCAAAUCCCCGGGGCCGGGUGGGGUGUUUGCCGGGGUGCUUGGGGAAUGCAAGGAGGAGCUUUGCGACCCACUGUCUACCAUGUUUGAUGGAUCCGUGGAGUCGGGCAGAGUGCCAGAGUUGUGCAAGGUUGCUGGUGUGGUGCCAGUUUUUAAGAAGGGAGAUGGAUCGCUUGCGUCAAGCUGUCGGCUAGUUGGCCUGGCGUCUGUUGAGGGAGGGUUGCUCGGGUCGAUAGAUGCAAGUGGGAUUCGUCUUCAUCUUGAAAAACAUGAAUUGGUGGUUGAGUCGCAACAUGGUUUUAUAGGUGGCCGUUCGUGUUUAGCAAGUUUGUUGUCUUUUUGUUCUAGCGUAGUUGGGGCGGUUGAUAGUGGUGGGGAUUGUGAUGUUUUGUGCCUUAACUUUGGCAAGGCUUUUGAUGCAGUGCCACAUGAUUUGCAAAUUUGCCGAUGA